AUGCUAUCCAAGCAUACCCUUCUUGCCAUCUUUUUGUACUUAGCCAUAGUUCAACUAGACUUCUGCCGAGCAAAGAUCUGCUAUCAAUGCGAUGAUAAAAAUCCAUCAAGUAAAUUGAAAUUCUACGGCGAAAAGAUUACUAAAUGUAAUGGCGUUCCAUUCGAAAAAUAUGCCUCGAAAACAUCGAAAGCAUUUGGUGCUGCUGUAUUAACAUGUUACACGAAAUUCAAUGAAUCUGGUCACGUUAUCAAACGAGGUGCUUUUGGUCUUGGCGAAACUUAUGACAAAAAUUUCAAAUGUCGAGAUCGUUUUCAUAUCUGCUGCAAAACAGCUUUCUGCAACAAACAUACCAAAGCUCCAUGUCCACCACCUGCUAAAAUAACAACGAAGAAAGAAGUCAAAGCAUGUUAUCAAUGCAAAGGUGCCGAAGCUUGCAAACCAGAAAAACUCGAUGGACGUGAAAUUCGUACAUCUGGCGCUUUUGGCGGCAAGAACUUAUACUGUUAUACUAAAUUCGAUCCAAAGACAGGUGCUGCUGUUGCUCGUGGUGGCUUUGGAUUUGGCGAAGCCUUGGAUAAGAAUCUCAAAUGCGACGCCAAACACUAUUUGUGUUGUUUUGAAAAUUUAUGUAACAAUCAAACAGCUGGUUUCUGUGCUAAACCAAAAUAA